AUGUCUGAUUAUAAAAUUCAAUCUGAUGCUGUUGCUAAAAAGCAAACUGCUAAAUUAACUCAAGUUUUAAUAAAUUUUUUCACAAAAGCUGCUCAAAUUAUAUUGGAUUCAAGGUCUGAACCAAAACUACAUAGUACAUCACCAUCACCGUAUAAUGAAGAAGAAAUUAAUCAAAAAAUUAAUAAAUGGUUUAAUCUUCAUAUGAUCUCAUCAACUAAAGAAGAUUUAAAAUUAUGGAAAAGUUCAGAUUUAAAUUCAAUUCCUCCAAUGAUUAUUGAAACUUAUUUGGAUUUAAGACAAUUACCUUCUAAUCAAACUUUAGUUUUAUUUGAUGAUGAAAAACAUCCAUGGACUGUUGCUAAAUCAAAUGGUAAAAAACAAGAAGUAGUUUUAGAAAGAUGGUUAAUAGAAUUUGAUCAGAAACAAUCAAAUCAAUUAAUAGAUGAAUUACCUACUAUAUAUAAACAAGCUAUUGUAUUAUUUAGAACAAUUUAUGGAUAUUCAAGAUUAAUGCCAUCUUAUAAAUUAAAAAAAAAGCAAUCGAAUAAAUUACCAUUAGGAAAUAAAAUCUUAGAUGGUAACCAACCAAUAAGUUCAAAAGGUAGAAUUGGUUUAUCAAAAUCAAUAAUUGAAUUAAAUGAAUCACAUACUACACAAAAGUUUUUCACACCAAUAAAUACAAGUUUAGGUAUAUUAAAAAUUUCAAUUGCUUAUAGAAAUCAUUAUGAUUUUGGAUUACAUGAACAUGAAGAAGUAUUAUCAGUUCAUUUUACAAAACAUGAUGAAGAUGUUAAAAAUAAUAUGUCAUCAUUAUCGCCUUGUUCAUCUUUAAAUUCAUCAAAAGAUCAUAAUAUACUGUAUUUAAAAGAAAUGUCUACUUCACCAAAAAGAUCUUCACCACCAAUUACUCAAAGAGUUCCCAUACAACCAAUACCAAAUCAACAACAAUCUUCAAAUAUUCAACAAUCUACUUCAUUAGAAAGAAAGAUUUCAAUAACAAGUAGUAAAUCAAUAUCAAAUGCUUCAUUAGCUGCAUUUUUAAGAAAUCCAAGAAGUAAUGCACCAUCAACAAAUAAUAUACCAAUUGUAAAUAAUAAUUCUUAUAGUACUUCAUUUCCAAGAUCUAUAAGUUCAUCAACUGGUAAUGAUGAUUCUAUUUUUCAGAAUCCGGAUUCAAAUAAUAAUACACCAAGAUUUUCAUCAUCAUUUGGAUCAAGAGCAAGUAGAAGAUUUAGUAAUACUAGUAUACGUCAACAAACUCCACUGUCUGAUUAUUUUAAUCAAAGUAAUAAUAGUGUUGAUGCAGCGUUAAGUGGAUUAUAUAUGGAUGAUGAUAUAAAUGAUUUUGUUAGAAUGAUUGAUAGUAAAUCAGAUUUAAAAUUAUCUGGAGGUAGUAAUAAUACUAAUGAAUCUUUUAAAAACAAACCAAUAAAAGAAAUUCAUAAUGAUGAAGAUGAAGAUGAAGAAGGUCAAGAAUUACAAAAAUAUCAACAUUUAAGAGAUAAAUAUUCACAAUUGGGAGAUAGUGUUAAUGCUGGUGUUAAAGAUGAUUUGUUAUUUCCAAUGAGUGAUAUGAAUUCUAAAUAG